AUCAUUCAUCUAAAUCUAUUCUUCUAAUUCCAUAGAGAAACAUGAAAACCUCAUUCUUAGCAUUUUCCAUCAUCUUUUUAGCCUUCAUUUGCAAAACCUUUGCAGCACCUGAACCAGUUCUUGACAUCUCAGGCAAGAAAGUAACAACAGGUGUGAAAUACUAUAUUUUACCAGUCAUAAGAGGCAAAGGUGGUGGGUUAACAGUUGUAAAUGAAAACAACCUCAACGGUAACAAUAACACAUGUCCCCUUUAUGUUCUUCAAGAGAAGCUUGAAGUAAAAAAUGGUCAAGCAGUUACUUUCACACCUUAUAAUGCUAAGAAAGGUGUGAUUUUAACCUCAACUGAUCUCAAUAUUAAAUCCUAUGUAACAAAAACUACAUGUGCUCAAUCACAAGUUUGGAAGCUUAAUAAAGUGUUGUCGGGGGUGUGGUUUUUGGCUACAGGAGGUGUAGAAGGUAAUCCGGGGUUUGACACAAUUUUUAAUUGGUUUAAGAUUGAGAAAGCUGAUAAAGAUUAUGUGUUUUCAUUUUGUCCUUCAGUGUGUAAAUGUCAAACUUUGUGUAGGGAACUAGGGUUAUAUGUUUAUGAUCAUGGGAAAAAACACUUGGCUCUUAGUGAUCAAGUUCCUUCAUUUAGGGUUGUGUUUAAGAGGGCUUAAGGGAAACAACACUAGAAUAUCAUAAAUGUUAUGCACUUAUGCAUAUCAUAUGGUUUUAUUUAUGGAAUAAUCUCACUGAUUAGUGAUCAGGGGUGGCCUUUCUAAGGUUUGGUGUGGCUAUGAAACCUUUUUUUUUUUUUU